UCUUCUAUGUAACUUUAAUGGAAUUCUAAAUUUCGAAAAUUAUUUCAGUUAUGCAAUUCAACAAUAAGCCAUUAGUUGAUCAGCUGCAAAAGUCGCUGACGCAAGUCAACGAUAUGCUCGCUGACAUCGAAGUCAAGAUAGAUAGUGAAAGGAAACAAUUAUCGAAGACGGAUUAUGACUUGCACCAAAAAGAUGCUGCGACUGGCUUCAUGGACUAUCAGGUGUCUGACAUUUGGUGGUCCACGAAAAAGCCACCACCAGCUCUGAAACCAAACCCUCCUGUCGUGCGGAGCCCGCAUGAACCCAAAAAUGGAUUGCGUUACAAACCUACACUAGCACCAGUAACACAAGAAAUAGCUAUCAGAGAUAUAGUCGCACGCUGGGCCCACAACACCAAAAAUUUACCUGCGUUUCGAGUCAGCACCUUUAAACAGACAUCGGCAACAACACCGCCAACAACCACUUUGGGCAAGGAUGUCACAACGACGACUACCCGAUUCAUUAUUACAGAAAGGGCCCCAAAAGCGGUGUUUUCAAAAGACUUUCCACGUAGUGUGUAUCUGAACUGGCCAUUUGUAAAUACGCCACAUCCAGGUAAUACUGAAUUUGUUGCUGAGCUUAUAAAUACUAUGAACAAAAGACAAUACGGCUAUUUCACUGUUGGGUUGACGAAGUUUUUGGAAAUGCUCACGACGAGGGAUCCUAACAAUACUACACCUCUCUUAAGUUCAAUGGAAGAGGUGGCUGACAGAGUGCUGUCGGGACACAAAUCUUCAAACUUCUACAAGAACAUUCGAAAGGACAUCACGAUUUUGAUGAACUCAAUGAAUUCAAAAUCCAUCCACGAGUUGAGAAACAUGUCUAAAUCGGCUCUUCCUAUCAUGGACGAAAUAAAUCAUUUAGCAAGCUGGGAACUCAAUGAAUGCCUCGGGAAACUUGAUGCUAUGUUUUUACAAAUCGAGGGAAUCGCUCUUUUUGGAGCGUUAGAAGAGUUCCACAUGUACCCAGAUGGAGGACAAAGUGCAUCUGAAGUAAGCAAAGACAUGCUACGUGCAGCUUUAGCACCGUUCUUUAGGCUUCAUGGCACUGAAGAACAAAAGUUACUCCUGUCAUGCCUCAAUGAAGGCAAACUUAUUUUUUAUCAUCCUUUAAGAGAUGAGAAAGAUUCAGAAAGUAAUAAAAAAGGAUCUUCGCCAAGUAAGAGACAAGUCACUUAUGGUAUAGGGGCGUUGACGAAUGGAAGACCAAGUAACUUUACAGGCGAAAAAAGACGAGCAGUCACCGUACCAUCGCGACGUCAUAUAAGCCACAAAUACCAGAAACGCAUACGUCAAUUUUUAAGAAAGCAUCGCGAAAUGUUUAAGGCUUUGAAAACACAUCAUAAACAUGGGAAGCGGAAUGAGCACCACUUGCAUCACAAUGAUCGUUACCGUUCACAUCAUAAGAAACACAAUGAUCAAAACGAAAAACUACAGCCACAUGAUCAAUAUGAUGAACAAGAUCUACUCAACCCACGUGAUUCACUACGAGCACAAGGUCGUCAAGACGAACAUAAUUUACGUGGAGGUCUUGACAAACAUGAUUCUCGUGAUGCACAAGAUUUAUACGAUCAACAGGAUAAACUUGGUUUACGCGAGCGCCAGGAUAAACGUAAUGAACAAGAUCUGUACGAUCAACCGUAUAAACAUCGUUUUCACGUUCGUCAUGACAAUCGCUAUGAACAAGAUUUUUACGAUCAGCAGGAUAAACAUGGUUUACCCGAUCGUCAUGAUAAACUUGAUGAACAAGAUUUAUACGAUCAGCAAGAUAAACAAGGUUUACCCGAUCGUCAGGACAAUCAUAAUUUACGUGGUGAACAAGAUGUAUACGAUCAACGUAAUGAUCAGAAUCUUCAAGAUGCGUACAAUCAGUAUGGCCAGUAUGACCAAUAUGACCAACAACAAAAGUUCCUCAAAAAAACAAAUAAUCCAAGUCAAGUUAGAAGCCAGAUAAAAACUAAUGGCAACAAUGGUAACGCAAGCGACAGUGAAGAAAACUACCAAGAAGUUCAGAAGAAACAUUGGCCUAUUCACAAAACAAAAGCUAUAGCUCCAGAUCAUGUAAAAACUGCGCCAACGCCAAACAUAUUCGAAACAAUUGGUAAACAUUUUUUACUUGGACUUGCAAAGAAGUUCGAAGCAGAAAUACAAAAUGAAAACAAUCGAAAAUUUAAAGUGGCAUUAAUGAGUGGAUCAGAUCAAGAGUCCAAACGUACUUCAAAAAAUAAACUUAUUCACAAAAUGCGAGAGUCUUCAAGCUAUAGCGACGAAGAAAUAAAUUUGAAAACGAAUUUAUAUGGCAGCUGAAAAGUCGUGCACUUUGAUAACAUUACAAGUGCUGAAUCGUAUAGUGAUGAAGAAUUGAUACUAAACAGCAAUUUGCAAAUUUUGGCAGACAGAGAUGUGAGAUACAAAAUAAUAAAACAUAUAAGAUGGCUACGAUGAGAGGCAG